AUGCAAUAUAUUCUUUUCUUGUUAAUUAUUCCUGUUGGUUUAUUCAUAGCUUAUGAAAGCCCAUACGUUGGUAUAACUUUUCCUGAACAACAAUUUUUAAAAGAGAACGAAGGAAAAUGGAAUAUGAACAAUUAUUACAAUCCUUACCAUGGUUUUCAUCAAAAUGGACAAAAUAUUUCAAAUGAUGCUUUUACAUUUCUUAGCACAUUUAUAAAUCAAUUUGAUUUAAUGGCUAUGUACUACUUCAAAUCUAAAGGUUAUGAUCCUGAUACUGCUAAAAAUUUUUGUGUUGAACAGGAACCUAUUAUUUAUAGAAGUCCAUAUCUCAAUUAUUUUUGUAAUUACAUCAAUGGAACAAUUGAAGGCCCAGAUGCUCCAAAAGAUGUUGUUACCUUCGAUAAACUUAACAUUAAUAAUAAUAAUAAUACAAGUAUUAAUUGA